ACGUUCCAUAAACCUCCACAAACACAGAGCAGAACAACCGAAGAAAGAUUAAAUGUGCCACCAAGUGCACUAUAUAUAGUGUGGUGCUACUAGUUUUAGAACCAUACACCUGCCAUGCAAACAUGGCGUUCUUCUCUGAUGAUGAUGCGUCCCAAUAUCAAAUUAGGAGCAGCAAGAACAUGACCUACAAGAUGAGAGGGGACAUGAAGAAGCUCCUCCCAGUCACCACCUUCCUCCUUGGCGCGGCGUUGACAGCUGCGUUGGUCUUCCUCAAUGCUGCUCUGGAUGUGAACUGGCGGCCCUCCGCCCUGGCCUUAUGGGGCAAUGGUACUCAGCCGACCCCCAACCCCAAGACGAAAGCAUUGACAGAGCUGGCAGAGGUGCUGAAGAACGCAUCCAUGGAGGACGGCACGGUGAUCAUGACGUCCAUCAACCAGGCGUACGCCGCGCCGGGGUCCCUCCUGGACCUCUUCCUGGAGAGCUUCCGGGUGGGCGAGGGCACGGCGCACCUGCUGGACCACGUCCUCAUCGUGGCCGUCGACCCCGGCGCGCUCCGGCGGUGCCGGUUGGUGCACCGGCACUGUUACCUCCUCCGUCGCUCCCCGGGCGCCGUGGACUACAGCGGCGAGAAGCACUUCAUGACCAAGGACUACCUGGACAUGAUGUGGGGCAGGAACCGGUUCCAGCAGACCAUCCUCGAGCUCGGCUUCAACUUCCUCUUCACGGACAUCGACAUCAUGUGGUUCCGGAACCCGCUGCGGCACAUCGCCAUCACGUCGGACGUGGCCAUCGCGAGCGACUUCUUCAACGGGGACCCGGAGAGCAUGGGGAACCGGCCCAACGGCGGGUUCCUGUACGUGAGGUCGGCGAACCGGACGGUGGAGUUCUACCGGCGGUGGCGGCGCGCGCGGCGCAGGUUCCCGGCGGGGACCAACGAGCAGGAGAUCCUGGGGCGGGCGCAGAGGGAGCUGAGCCGGCGCUCCGGCGUGCGGAUGCAGUUCCUGGACACGGCGCACUGCGGCGGCUUCUGCCAGCUGAGCGGCGACAUGGGCAGGGUGUGCACGCUGCACGCCAACUGCUGCACCGGCCUCGCCAACAAGGUGCACGACCUCAGGAACGUGCUCAGGGACUGGAGGAACUACACGGCGGCGCCGCCCGAGGACCGGCGCGUGGGAGGCUUCCAGUGGACCAGGCCCGGCAGGUGCAUCCGCUGACGGAGCUGGCGCCGCAUCAGCGGCUGCUGGAAUGAUCCAUCGAAUUACACGUCGUGUCCUUGUCCUUGUUUCUACGUGGCAGUGGCUGCCUGGCUGGUUUUUACCCGAGUUGAGAUUGAUGUUAUAGGAGUUCGCUGCAUGUUUGGUGUAUUUUACAACGUCGGAUUUACAUACUACGUAGUACGUGUUUACUGAUAGGCGAAUGUAAGAAAAAUGUAUGUACUGUGCUUGAUUAAAUCAUGCUAGUAGAGUGGAUUGCGGUGGAUUUUUAUGUUAAGGCA